AAGGAGCCGCACGACGCCAUCUUUAAACCCCACAAUAAGCUUCAGCUGAACACGGGUGGCAACGCAGCGAAACGAACCACACGUCGGACUACAAGUUGUGAUCUUCGGACUGGUGGGGACUGUGUUGUGUUGGAAGUGUGACACUGAGCUACUGCUGGACCCUGCAGUGGACAGUAGAGGGCUGUGGUCCGGGAACGAGGCUUGCUACGAUGCGGACGAUCUAGUGAUCGGACACAACAAUAGACGACAACAACAAGGGGACGAGCCCGCUAGCAUGUAGCAGGCUAAACUCGGAGCAAAUCAGCGGAGGUGGAGCUAGCCUAGCUCGUAGCUUAGCGGCUAGCUGCUUCGUAGCGAGCUAAUCAACAGCGGCAGACCCGCGAGGAGACAUCAGACCGGACGGGUUGUUGACGAUAACAGAGCACCUCGGGUGUAGUCGUCGUUGUGUUCAAGUUAUUAUUAGUUAUCAUAAUUUAAGUGUUUAGUAAUUGUUAGGACUGGGACGACGCGAGGCGAGGCUACCUCUCCCUCCUCCAGGCACCCGCCCGCUCCACCGCAACUGCCUGCCCGCCGAUCCCCGUCCCCCCCCGGCGGCCCGGCCGGAGAUGCGCGGUGGAACAUGUCGGUGUCGGGGCUUAAGGCCGAGCUGAAGUUCCUGGAGUCCAUUUUCGACCCGAACCACGAACGAUUCAGGAUCAUCGACUGGAAGCCCGACGAACUGAGCUGCCAGUUCAACGUGACGGGGGAGAAGCUGCUGAUUAUCCACUGUAACAUCACGGAGUCCUAUCCGUCCACACCGCCCAUAUGGUUCGUAGACUCCGAUGACCCCAGCCUAACGCAAGUCUUGGAGCGGUUGGAGGAUGUCAGAAGAGGCAAUACAUUGCUUCUGCAGCAGCUGAAGAAGCUCAUCUGUGAUCUCUGCCGCCUGUACAACCUCCCCCAGCACCCCGAUGUGGAGAUGCUGGAUCAGCCCCUACCUGCAGGGCCAGUGGGGCCUGACCGAAAGCAUGGGACGACAGACGAGGUCACUUCUGAGGAAGAGGAGGAGGAAGAGAUGGGAGAGGACAUCGAGGACCUCGACCACUACGACAUGAAAGAGGAGGAGCCGGUGGACGGAAAGAAGUCGGAGGACGACGGCAUCGAGAAGGAGAACCUGGCCAUCCUGGAGAAGAUCCGCAAGAACCAGAGGCAGGACCACUUGAACGUAAGUGCUCAUUCGGGUGCCGUCUCUGGCUCGGUGCAGGCCUCGGACCGGCUGAUGAAGGAGCUGAGGGAGAUCUACCGAUCCCAGAGCUACAAGACGGGUAUCUACUCGGUGGAGCUUGUCAACGACAGCCUCUAUGAAUGGCAUGUCAAGCUGAGAACAGUGGACCCGGACAGCCCUUUGCACAGUGAUCUCCAGGUGCUGAAGGAAAAGGAGGGGAUGGACUACAUACUCCUCAACUUCUCAUAUAAAGAUAACUUCCCCUUCGAUCCUCCGUUCGUGCGAGUGGUUUCCCCGGUUCUCUCCGGAGGAUACGUUCUCGGAGGAGGAGCCCUGUGCAUGGAGCUUCUGACCAAGCAGGGUUGGAGUAGUGCCUAUUCAAUAGAGUCUGUCAUCAUGCAGAUCAACGCCACUUUAGUCAAAGGAAAAGCCAGAGUGCAGUUUGGAGCCAAUAAGAACCAGUACAACCUUGCAAGAGCACAACAGUCCUACAAAUCCCUGGUUCAGAUCCACGAAAAGAAUGGUUGGUACACCCCACCUAAAGAGGAUGGCUAGGAACCCUCGGCACCCCCUCCCCCCUCCCUCCCCCGCACUGGGACCCCACAUCUUACAUGGUUCCUCCCCCCCCCAACUUUUUGAAUUUCUUUCUUGUGACCAAAUUAUGGAACCUGGAUUCGGAACCCAUCCCCAACCGGUGUGCACAACCCCUUACCCCCAAACCCAUCAGCUGCUUGGCAGGAGAUCAAAUCUCCACCUCUCUCUCCCGCUCUCCUGCGCCUCUUGCCUCAUCUGUUUUUGUUUUUCCUGACGUGUCACGAAGAAGCGCCGCCACCGGCGUCGGGCGGUGGGCUGCGGAGCAUCCCGUGUGAUUUGGUGGUGAGUGAGAGCGGAGGAGGGGGGACCGUGUGAGCCUUAGCACCGAGCUGCAAGGCCGCCGGACAAGGCCCGCUCCUCUCCCCAGGCAAGCCCUGAGGUCAAUACUCGUGUCACGUCCGCCUCCUCACAUCGCCCCUGACUACCAUUCGUAUCGCCCCCUAGUGGCCUGGAGGCGCCUUCGCCGCACGGGACCCCCCCACCCCCGGUGACGUUGUCAUAUUUGUGCUCAUGUAAAAUCUUGUGUAUCGCCAAGACUCUGGGAUAUUACGCUCCAGAGGCCAGCUUGCUAUCAGCCGUACGAUUCUAAGCUCUGCGGCUGGGAAAGGGGAUUAAACGGCUCGUCGAUGGCCUGGAUCAAACCCUGACGAGGCCACGCCCUCCUCCUCCUGCUGCCGCGUUAGUCGAGGAGGCUUCUGUCCCUGCUCCAGCAGAACUAGUCUGGGACUGUCCACGUGUCUGCAGCACACAGAACCUCUGACCGCACCUGGCAGCCCGCUUGUACGCGACCGGGUCAAACGGAGGCCUCUGAUUGGAAGUGAAUCACACUGUAAUGUAGUUUGAUUUUAACUCCACGUGUAAACAUGUAAAUUUGUACUCCUGCAAAUGGAUCUGUUUUUAAAUGUAACCGUGUGUGGGUCUUUGCCAAGGCAGAGGCUGCGUCACUAUAUACCCUUGACUAUUAACAGCAGAGUCGACGCAACUUUAAAGAAUAAGGAAAGAGAAACUGCUUAAUCGAUGUUUUUGCAUAAGUAAAAGAACAAUUUACGAAAACUUAAACCUAUUUUAUUUUUCUUAUGUAAUUUUAAACGACUACUGCGUUUAUUUCCGGGUUCUGAGUCUCAGUUGUAAUUGGUGACCGUAACAUUAAUUUCUCUCCCUCAAUGGUACCUCUUGACUGUGAUGCCUCUGUUUGUUUCCGAGGGACAUUGUGGCUAUUCACGUCCCAUCCCCCUCUUACGAAUCCUUACCCAAUCGAGGGAACUGGAUGUGCGGAACAAGAUGUUCCGUCAGCACGACCGAGCAAGACACCUGAUCAGCUUUAGUUUAGCUUCACAGCAUCUGACCUUUUACUCUCUAGCCACAAGUAAUCCUGUGUUACCCCAGGUGUUUUAAUAACACUGCUAGAGUCUCACAUUAUCAUCAGCAGUAGUCCCAGACCCAACACCGCUAAGACUGCACCAGGAUGCCCCCGUUUGAACCAAAACCCUUCAGACCCGGCUUCCCCCAUCGCUACCUCUCUGGUAUUUGUUGCCACCUGAGACCUCGCUGCCAUACCCCUCCCCCCCCCCCCCCCCCCAUUGAGCUGAGUCAAAGACGUAAUGUGAAUAUGCAGGAGACACGUGAGAAGCAUUCCAGUGGAUGCCAUUCUACAUGUGUGUCCGUUCUUUGUUUUUUUUUCCGUCUUGUAGUCGUUUCCGUGUGCUAAGCUACCAGCGUAGAUGCUUAGCCCCGUCCCAAGUUAUUCCUCAUGUUUUGAAGUGGAGUUUGUCGUAACCUCAGUCCGUCUACCGAAAUUAAAAGAAGUGGCCACAACAGGCUUAUAAUGUACAAUUUGGUUCAGAUAAUUGAUUAUUUGUACAAGCCAUUCCACUUGACACCCAAUGUAAUCUCUUCUUUUCGUGUACUCCACACAGGAUUUCCACACGGGCAAUCAUAAUCACAAAUCAGAAGCAUGGGUUUAAGAAGAUAAAUUGGUGGACGUUUUUUACAUCCUGACGCCCUUUUGUUCUCUGGAGAAGUAAACUCAGGAAUACAUACUGCAUGCUCACCCAGGCAUGGCGUCACGUCCAAGAUGUAAACUUCUAAAGUACAGGUCAUUACCUUCAGUCCAGACACUCCAAAACUUCCCGUUGUUUAAGAAAAGACGUUGGCUGGCAGGUGUUUUGGCUAGGGGGUUGGGUUUUUUGUCUUUUGUUUAUAUUUAUUUUCUUUUGCUGUUGGACUGCAUACAGACAUAUUCGUCCUCUGAACUUCACACUUAAAUAAAUAAUAAUAAAUAAAAAUGAGUAUAAUGGUAGCUCUUUUUAAUAAGCACGUUUGGAAGUGAUGGGCAGGGUUUUGCUUUGCUUAUGAGUGCAUCUCGGAGGAUGUGCGCCCUGGCUCUUUUGGUUGUACUGUCUUGUGCAUGUCGGUAUAUCAAGUGGUGUCCCCCACCCCCUACCCCCCCAGAAUACAGGGCAGUAAGCAGGGCUAUAUAAAGAUGCAGGUCCAUUUUGGUUUACCCCUUAUUGUCCUCUAACCAACAGAGCAGCGCUACUCUGAUGUAUUCCUUUACUCUUCAUUCUGCAACAUCUGGGCUCCUUUCCACUACACGUGUCCUCUGUAAAUCAGCCGGUACUUUAAAAACACGGACGCGGUUCACAUUCAAAAAAAAAAAAGAUUCUGAUGCAGAUGUGCCACCACCGCUGAACAAGGGGACCUGGAGAGCUCUUGGUCUUCGAGACGUUGGACCAUCUCUCUGAGGUCCGGAGGUCGACCGGGGGGUGUGACUAAGGAUGGACCCCCUCCAUCCCAGGUGGUCCGACCCGGCCCCCCCAGCUGGGUGUCGGUCCGUGGUGACCCACGGUCCUAACUCGGUUACACUCUCAGCAUGAUUCAAGUUCAUUUGUUUUGGGUUUCAUUUCUCUCAUUGCAAGGGGGACGUUGACCAUGUACAGCAAUUUGUAAACUUGCAUCAAGUUUAUGAAUAAAGACUUUUAUGAAAUA